AUGAGGGGGUCUGUGACGCCUCGGUCCGUGACGCCUCAGUCUGUGACGCCUCAGUCUGUGACGCCCUCGGGCUGUGACGCCUCAGUCUGUGACGCCUCGGUCUGUGACGCCUCGGUCUGUGACGCCUCGGUCUGUGACGCCUCGUCUGUGACGCCUCAGUCUGUGACGCCUCGGUCCGUGACGCCUCAGUCUGUGACGCCCUCGGGCUGUGACGCCUCAGUCUGUGACGCCUCGGUCUGUGACGCCUCGGUCUGUGACGCCUCGGUCUGUGACGCCUCGGUCUGUGACGCCCUCGGUCUGUGA